AUGGCUUCACACAAAACUGCCCAAAUUCGCCUCGUUAGUUCACAUGACGAGGUUUAUGAACCAUGUGAUGACUCUUUUGCACUGGUUGACGCUCUUCUAGCCGAUCGCACUAACCUAUUGGAGCAUCAUCCAACAUUGUGUAUGGAAAUAGGCUGUGGAAGUGGAUAUGUUAUUACUUCCUUGGCUCUUAUUCUUGGGCAGGAAGGCAGUGGCGUAAAUUACAUUGCAACUGAUAUCAACCCACAUGCAGUGAAGGUGACACACGAAACAAUGGAAGCACACGGAGUUAAUGCCGAACUGAUAAUAACCGAUAUUGCAGCGGGACUUGAGAACCGACUAGCAGGUAUGGUUGAUGUAAUGGUUGUGAACCCUCCUUAUGUGCCUACACCUGAAGACGAAGUCGGGUCUGAAGGAAUUACCUCAUCUUGGGCUGGUGGUGAGAAUGGAAGGAGUGUGAUCGAUAGAAUUUUGCCUGUUGCAGACAAUCUUUUAUCAAAAAAAGGAUGGUUGUAUUUGGUUACUCUCACCGCAAAUAAUCCUUCAGAGAUUUGUGGUGAAAUGAGAAAGAAAGGAUAUGCUUCUAAGAUUGUUGUUCAAAGAUCAACCGAGGAAGAAAGUCUCCAUAUCAUCAAGUUCUGGAAGGAUUUAGAUAAUGAAAUAGAAGAAAUAAAUGACCAAUCUCCUACUGGGUUCAUGGGAUCUUUGCUUGCACAGAUUCCUCUACUUUCAUUAUGGAGAAGCAAACAAUAG